AUGGCGUCGCUGCGGCAUGAGCACCUGGUGCGCCUGUUGGGCUUCUGCCUGCAUCAGAACGUGGAGAGCGGCCAGCAGGAGCAGAUCCUCGUCUACGAGUUCGUGCCCAAGGGGGACCUCAACUUUGGCGUGGUGCUGUUGGAGCUGCUGACAAGGCAGAAGGCGGCCGUGGAGGGCACAGACAGCCACAUUAGUGAAUGGGCGGCACGCAAGGUGCAGGUGUACGAGUUGGGGGAGCUGAAGGACGCGGGGCUGGAGGCGCCGGACGAGGCGGUGGUGGAGCUGGCAGACAUCGCGCUGGACUGCCUCAAGAUGCCCGCCUCGCGCCGCCCGCCCAUGAAAGACGGCGCCCGCCGCCUCCAGGAUCUCCUCUCGCGCUACUGCAGUGAUGCCGACGACGUUUCCUCCCUUGUUGAGCCUAGUCUGAGGAUGGAAGGGGGACGGGUGAGGAGCGAGGGUGGCAGCACGGACACGUUUGGGAGGAGCGAGUGGUCGGAGGGAACGAAUGGAACAUCGGCUUCCAGAAGUCUCGUCCAUUCGCUAUCUGAGAAGUGGCGGAUGAUUGAGUAG